AUGGCGCUGAAACGCACGGCUUUGAUAUUUCUCACACUGCGUUUUCUCCGUACCUCCCUCCCCAUCGACUCAGAUGCCCAGGCACAACACAUCCUGCUGCCCCCCAGGUUUUUGUUUUUUCUUCUUUCUUUGUUACUAAGUUUGCAUGAUUCUCCUCUUCUCACCAUUUUUCUUCUUCUCCUCUACCUUCUCAAACCAUAUUUUUCUCACUCCUUUUUCAAACACUUAAUUAUUCUUCUUCUUCUUCUUCUUCUCCUUAUUAUCAUCAUCCUUUCUCUCUUUUUUCCUCCUCCUUCUAAUUUCUCUUUUUCCUCUCCUCCUCCUCACUGUUUAAUCUUCAACUUCUUCAUUUUGCUCUACUUCUUCUUCUUCUCACUCUUCAUAUACCUCUCACUCCUUCUUUCACUUAGAUCUCUCUUUUUUCCCUCUCUUUCUCACUGUUUAAUCCUCAAAUUAUUUGCUGUUCUUCUUCUACUCUUUCUUCUUUUUUCCUUCUUCAUUGUCAUUUUCAAACUACUUGUUUUUCCUUUAACCAAAAUUAUUUUUUCUUUUCCUCCUUCUUUUCUUUUUUUUUCUUUCCUACACUUCCUUAUCACUGCUUAA